CUUCCUUCCUUCCCCUCCCUCCCUCCCCGGCCCUUCCUCUCUCCGCCUGGUGCCGCCACCGCCGAGGAGGAGGAAGAGGAACAUGGCGAAAGCGGAGCAGGUCCUCAGCCUCGAACCGCAGCACGAGCUCAAAUUCAAAGGUCCUUUCACAGAUGUUGUCACCACGAACCUGAAACUCGGCAACCCUACAGACAAAAAUGUGUGCUUCAAAGUUAAGACCACAGCACCACGUAGAUACUGUGUAAGGCCUAACAGUGGAAUUAUUGAUGCAGGAACAUCAAUUAAUGUUUCUGUGAUGCUACAGCCUUUUGACUAUGACCCCAAUGAGAAAAGUAAACACAAGUUUAUGGUUCAGUCUAUGUUUGCUCCAGUUGAUACUUCAGAUAUGGAAGCAGUAUGGAAAGAGGCAAAGCCAGAAGAACUCAUGGACUCGAAACUUAGGUGUGUGUUUGAGCUACCGACGGAAAAUGAUAAGCCUCAUGACAUAGAAAUAAAUAAAAUUGUAUCCACAACUGCAACAAAGACAGAUUCCUCUGUAAUGUCUAAAUCAAUAAGUUCUUCCUUGGAUGACGCUGAAGUUAAGAAAGUAAUGGAAGAAUAUAAGAGGCUUCAAGUAGAAGUUCAGAGGUUACGGGAGGAGAAUAAACAGUUUAAGGAAGAAGAUGGACUUCGGAUGAGAAAGGCACCCCAGACGAACAACCCAAUAUCUGCUUCUGCAGCUGUUGUCAAGGAUGAAGGGCACAGCUCCAGACUACUUGCUUUGGUGGUUUUGUUCUUUGUCAUUGGUGUAAUUAUAGGAAAAAUAGCCUUGUAGAGGCAGCAUGCUGGAAAUUGUAAAUUGGUUUGAUGGUUCUGCCAUAUCAUUGGAUUAAAUUUAUUCAUAACAGUGUUUAAAAAAAAAAUUAAUGUAUGACAUCUCACAGGUCUUGCCUUUAAAUUACCCCUGCACAAAUAUUAUGUAACAUAAUCUAGAAAGUUUAAAAUGUACAAUGAGGGAAUGAAUGAAAGAAUAUUCUUCAGUGAUGAAGGGGGAAGAAAAUCAUGAUUUAACACUACAAUGGAAUAUUGUAUAUGUCAUUUUAAACAUUCUUAGUCCCUGGUACAUGUUGCUGGAUGACCUCUUUUUAAAAAAAAAAAAAGGAAAAAAAAAAAAAAAAAGAAAAAUAGAAAAAACAAAAGAUUCUUCCACUGCUGGAGCUGGCCCUAUUGGAUGUUUGGAGCUGGGUUAGGCAGGAGGUGUUGAUAACUUCUGUAAAAUAUGUUAAUCCACCAUUCUGCUCAUAAAUUUAACAGUUUUUCUGUCAGUGUCUUCAACUCUGUGCAAGUUACCAAUUUCUUGACACUUAAAUGAAUAGUGAGAAGCUGGAAAGAGUUGUAUGUGGCAGUGCUGAAUGUGCCAGGCAUCAUGAAGAGGCGUGUAUGGACUGGUGUGGCGCUAGUUGGGAGUAGAAGUCAAUGCCUUGUUCUUAUGGAGGGACCAAGCUGCAUUGCUAUUGGUUCAUUUAGUUGAAUUAAAAUGUUAUUCA